AUGACGACGACCGCUUCGCGCGUCCUUCCUCAGCCCAAACGGACCUUCUUUGACCCUUGGAACAGCAGUUCGACUGGGCACCAACGCGCCGAGGACCGUCUUUCAGGCUCGACAUCCUGGCGUGUCUCACGUAGUCUAAAACUAGGCGAGCAGUACAAGGGCGGUCUGACUGGUAAGAAGAGAGUUGCGGACACAGUUGGAGCUGGCAGCGAGGACUUUGGCAAAGACGGCAGAAAGGAGAGUGGAGGCUGGGAGAGAGGUGCGAAGGGUCUCAGGACAGGCGGUCAGCAGAGCUUAGCGGAGGUCUGGAGCAUCUGCAAGGCUGGCAAGAAGUCUAUUCUGGAGAAGGAAGCCUCGCAAGCAGAGUACAGCCUGGAAGGAACACAAGAUACCUACGAUGACACUCUCGAGUCACCAUCAGAGCCACAGAAGAAGCAGAUAUUCGAAGGCCUGUGCUUCUACGUGAAUGGCUCGACAGCUCCUCUUGUCUCCGAUCACAAACUCAAGUACCUGCUGUCAGUACACGGCGCUCGACAUUCAAUUGCACUAGGUCGAAGGACUGUCACACACGUUAUAUUGGGUACAGUCAAUGCCAACGGGGGCGCAGGUGGUGGCCUGGCUGCAACCAAGAUACAGAAAGAAGUCGCCAGAACUGGUGGGAAAGCUGUCAAGUACAUCACAGUUGAAUGGGUCCUCGAGUCAAUCAAGGCAGGCCGCCGCCUCCCCGAGUCACGCUUUGCGCCACUCAAGCUUGCGCAAAAGAUCCAGGGCAGUGUCUUCGGCAUGCUGAACCGCAACAACGCUACAAGGACGGCGCACGGAUGAAGCCGAACACUCGUCCUGUACAGCAAGUCAAGCGACUGCGACAGUGUCGCUAGGGUGUGCUUCGGGCAUGCUUCCAUGCAGCGUGCAUGCUUAGCCUAUGAGGAGAAUAGGGACUUUACCUCCCAAAGCUUAUCCCACGCCUACACGCCUCACCGGCAUCUGCACUCCACCACGUGCCCACCACGCCUCCACCGAAUCGCCCAUCGAAUCGCGAAUUGAGCUUUCGAAACCUUCUGCAGACCUCAACGAUCCCUGACGCUGUUCCAGCAGAAGGCGAUACUACGAUAAAUUGCGAGCGACAUCUCGUAACGACACAUCGCACAAAGGUUACGAUGUCAAUAAUGUUCCGACGCUUUUGCGUCAUUUACAGUUCAGAAUGGUGAGGGCUAAGUGCACGAUCGCCUGACCUGAACUCUGGAUGAUUGGAUCCGGGGAGCCUCGCCCUUCUGCGCCACAG